AUGAUGAUCGCCGCAGAGCAGAUCAGGUUGUUGGACGCCAAAGAGCUGUCCGUGGCCUCUGCCUACAGCUCUUCCGACGACUUCGAAGCGAUCCAGGCAAAGAUCAAGACUUUGCUGGAGGGACAGGCGCACUUCACAGUGACAGGUGCGGCACAGAAGAAGCUUCAGAAUGUGGUGCAGCACCGGGAAGAAAGAAAGAGGGAGAUGCUGAUAAAGAUCUCCAAAAGCCGCCCUUGCUGCAACGCACGGGUGGAGCGCAGCUUCAUCAUCGACAAUGGUGACCUGCUCGUGUACAGGGACCAUCAUCCCAAUGCCAAGGUCAAGGCGAUUUAUCACUUGAAAGAUGCUACCUGCUUCUACGAAGAGCCGCGCACG